ACCAUUUGGGAACACCACUGCCUGGACAAUGAACAUACGUGGCAUCUUAAUAUUGCUAUUGUGUCCUAAAAGCCUUUUUGCGGAGGUUGAUCUCUAUUCGCGUUUGGCGCUUUUAGAAGCCGCAGUGUUAUCACUUUUAAAAACAGAUGCACAACAGACAGAGACUAUCAGGCUUCAAGAGGUGAAGUUGCAAGAACAGUCAGAGGAAAUAAAGGAACUGAAACGGAUUAUUCACGGCAUUCAGAGAGAAGAAAGCUUAACGCCAGUGAAACCCAUGACACCCAAACAUGAUUUAUUGCCACAACAACAAGGAAUUCACAACAAUUAUACCGGUGAUCAGAAAUCAACAAGGAUAUUGUUAACACAGGAUAUUGAUAGAUCUGCCAGGACAACUAAUGGAACUAUUGCCGACAACGUUCAACGAACGGCACGCCAAGGUAUGGUCGCAAAUCCAGUUGCCUUUACUGCAGUAAAAGUUAUCAAUCAAGAUGGAAUCGGAGUUAAUCAAAACAUCGACUUUGAAAGUGUUGUUCUCAACGACGGAGGUGGCUACCACGCAAACCACGGCGUCUUCAUUGCACUAGUCAGCGGAUAUUAUUUGUUCACAACGUCGUUUCUGCUCUCGGCGGUAGACAUUCGAGUUGGCUUGAUGCACAAUGGCCGAGUGAUGGCAAAGGUCCAAUGUACUAAUCAGUGGGAGCAGUGUGCAAUGACUCUUGUGCUCAAAAUUACGGAGGGAGAUGAGGUUUGGUUGGAAAAUAAAGGCAGCGGAUCCCAAAGCGUUUACGGCGGCUAUUACUACUCUUUUUCUGGUGUCCUUCUUCAUUAACUGUAACCUUACAAAACCACAGUUUGCAUGUUUAUUUGUUUUGUUCUCACCUUGUACAAUGUUCCAUUAAUUUUAAAGGACGAUUGGUA